UACACCUGUGAGAGUUGAGAGUGGCAGAACAUGCUGUGGUUACUGGAAAGAAUGACGGCUGCUGCGAACUGGCUUUAAAACAGGCUGCAGGGCUGACUAGCCACACACACACAUUGGAAUACAGGUGGAAGCAGGUUUCCAGACUCAUGACCAGGCAUGAGUAGUGUUUAAAUACAAAAUGAGCUGCAGUCACUCUGAAACCGAAGAAAGGCUACCAAGUGAUGAGCUGGAGUGCAAAAUUUGUUACCAGCGGUAUAAUGCGCACAACCGGAAACCCAAAAUCCUGGACUGCCUUCACAGGGUAUGUGCAAGAUGUCUAAACAAGAUACUGGACAUAGGCGAUGGCUGCCAUUACAUCAGCUGUCCCUUUUGUCGCCAUGAAACAGAGGUGACGGAAUACGAGGUGGCAGGACUUCCGGAUGACAUGAACAUCAUGUCGAAACUGGCCACCAGAGACAAAUCAUGGAGCUCGGACAGCAAAGAGGUGGUCCUAACACCCAAAAGUCUGGCUUCAUCCAGCCCUCAUGGAUCCUCCAACUGCCUAGUUAUCACAAUCAUGGAAGUACAGAGGGACUCCCCUAGGACUCCCAGCAGAAACUCAAGCUCUGAUUACUAUGCAGAUCACAGUUUGGAUUCAAUAUCAGUGACUUCUCAUAAUCAAAUAGACCAAGAUCUUUUCUCAAAGCUGUGUAACCAUGUGCCCAGAAUACUCGUUUGGCUGCUAGGUUUCUUCUACUUUGGCUCUCUGCCGCUCGGGAUUUACCUGCUGGUGAUUCAGAAAGUGACCUUAGGGAUUGUGUGUGUCAGUCUUGUUCCUUCCAGUCUGACAGUUUGUUUGGUUUAUGGGUUUUGCCAGUGCCUGUGCCAAGGGAUGUGUGACUGUUCAUCAAGAAGCUGACAACAUGUGCUAUCUAAUGUGGAGGUGAUUUCGUCAGCCCUGUCAGACCCCAGACAGAAUAAUUACAGUAAAACCUGAUCUAUCCAGGCAGCAGGGGGAUAGAACAUUUGUGGCGAGAUGCUUCUGUCAUUCACUUGUUUUAAAAACAAGCAAUUAAAAAUGUUCUGUUUUUUUUUUACUGGCUGGUAAGAGCAGUUUUACUGGAACGCUAUUAACAAAAUGCGACCAAUAUUAGGCAUAAAAGCACUAUGUAUGGUGGUUUUUUUCUUUAUCCCAUUCAAAUUCUAAUCCAAUGCCUUCUGCAAAGUAUAUUUUAUAGUGAAAGACAUUUUUAACAUUCAGCAGCUUUAUAUGAUGAACUGUUUCCAGCUUGUCCCAUGCUAAUCUCGGAUUUCUGGGUUGCUGUAAUAAUCACAUAACCAUGUGACUUACAGGAGGCACACAACAUGGCUGCUGGGAGUUCUGGUCCAAUCGCUGUCUGUUGCUAUACCACCUUGGAGCCUAGGGGGCACUGUGCUGCAGGAGGUGCAGUUCUUCAAAUGAGAUGCUAAACUGCCUUGCUGUCUACCUUAUGGACACUGAAGACCCCUUUCACAUAUUUCAAUGAAGGGCAGGGAUGUUCAAACUGUGGGAUGGAUCCAUUUCAAUAGAGGUCCAUACAAGGCUAAUUCUGAAAACAAUGUUAGACCUAAAUGUCAUUAGAAAAGCAAAUGAGGUAAAUUUAAAUACCUGUAAAAAUACAGGCAGACUUUUGUACAGACAGAGAAACACCUCCAUAUAUACUCAACAUCUUGAGCUUGAGCUAAACAAUGUUAAUACAAAAUGUCAUCACCCUUGGUUAAGCAGCAUUCCAGAUUUAUGUGCGAUAUGGAUGGAUGGACAUACAGACCAUCUCUAUUUCCUCUCACCAGGAAUUUCUUGCCCUGCAGAGGACAAUAAACGCUUUAAGUGUCCUAUUAAACAUUACUUUGACUAUCACACUAACACACUAUCAAACUAAACACCAGGGAUGGAAAUAACACUCCCAUUGCAUAGCAGUUUGAUCCAUUCCUGUUUUUCCUUUGUGUUUAAUAAGACACACCUGAACUUGUUACCUGUAAAGCGGGGCCAAUCAAGCUGGUAUUAAAACCUGGAAUGGGUGAAACUGCUAUGCAAUAGGAGUCUUAUUUCCAUCCCUGCUACACUGUUAGUGGUUUCAUG